AGUUCCACUUCCCAGGCAGCACCGCACGUGACCAGCUCUCGGAAGUCCGGCUGCCAGCGGCAGUGAGCGUGAGGGCGCGCCUUGGUCACGUGGUCGCUGGGCCGCGGAGCGGAUGAGACUGGCGGGAGAGGAGAAGGUGGCGGGAAAGGAGUCUGGAGAAAAUGGCGGACGCCGGCGUUGUGUGCGACGCUUGUAAACGUCUACUCGCGGGCUGCUGUGUGGAAACAUUGCAGUGUGGACACUGCUUGUGUGGAGAAUGCUCUUCUUGGAUUGAGCCAUUAGAUGCCACAUGUCCUGUGUGUGAGGCAUCUGAAACAGAAGACUGCGAUGUUUUAAGCUGUUCUGAAGACUUCGCCUGUGAGGCAGAUUGUCCCGUACAGCUAUUGGAAGAUUCAAAUAUGAAUAUGUCAGUGGAUGAUACUGUUGGAUCAGACCUAAAUCAACUUGACAAUGUGGAUGAUAGAAAGCAUGCAGUAGAUGGUAAAAAGGCCAUUGAUGCUGGGUUUAAGAAUCCUCUUGGUCAGGUUGAUGAAGCUCUGGUGAUUGCUAAUGAAACGUUUCACCAUCUAAAUGCUGCUGUUCAGACUUUGGGAAAGCUGAAAGAAAGAAAUACGAUGAUAGAGAGUAGUGUAUCUAAUUUGAUUGUUGAAGAAUUUGAAAACCUUUCUAUUGCUCUCUACAAAAGGAAAUUAAAAUUACUUGCAGAGUUAAAAGCAGUAAGCAAAAUCUACACAUCUGAUCUAGAAAAUGCUGCAGUAAAAAUAGAAGAACAGAAAAAAUGUUUGAAAACUAGAAUUGAAUUUGCUGAAGGAUUAAAACGGGAACCGUUACUGGCUGUUUACUGUGACCUUAAACAGAUUGUUGCAGAUUUGAAAGUGAUCUUUAAUAAUGAAAGCAUGAUUGAUAUUGUGAAAGCCCAUCCUGAUAUAAGAUUCAGUUUAAAUCGCGAUUUGAUCUUAAAAUUUUUCGAAAAGUUGGGAAACAUUUGCAGUGAUCAUACUCUGGAGCACCAAUUAACCUCUGAUGUGAGUUCUCUAUCAAUAAACAAGGAAUCUUUCUGCUUGGAUAUCAAGCCAGUACAUAGUUCGAUGAUGCAUGUUACAGAGUAUGAAGCUCAAGUCUUGGAGGAACAAUUACAAACUAAUUUAGGACACAGACCAAAAGAUGAAAAUAAACAAAAAACAAAUCAGCAGAGUUCAGGCUCUAACCAUGUUGGUCUUCAAAAAUCAAAUUUAUUACUAGGAAAUAAAUGUAAUUCUCAGCAACGCAGUUGUAGCCCUGAUGUCAUCAUAGAAGAAAUUAUCGAGGAUGAUCACGUUUAUUUGAUGGAUCUUCAUAAUAAUGCUGCUAUUGGUUGCCAUAAGAAAAACAGACCUACUCAGAAAGAAUCAAACAGUUGUAAACCAAAGAAAUUCAAAAAGAGCAUGAAGGGAAUGGUCCCAACUGCUCCAUUUCACCAAAGGAAAAUUUCACAGGAACUUGUAUAUCUCUGUCACAUGGUCGAUCCUUGUAACUUUUAUGUCCAUCGCUUGGCACAGAAGAAGCAGAUCAUUAUGCUUGAACGGAUGCUAAAUACUCUCAGCCAGUCUUCCAGCAAGUGUUGCCCUACUGACGUCCUGGAAAUAGGAGAAAUAGUUGCGUUUAGAAGUUUAGAACGCAAUGCUUGGUGUCGUGGGUGUAUCACUGAGCUGAUUCCGUUAGAAAGUAAAUUCGUCCGCCAAGCUUUUGGUCCAGCAAAAUACAGGAUUCAAGAUAUUUCAAGUGUGAAGUUUUUCUUGCUUGACUAUGGAAGCUCUGAGGUUUUUGUUGUAGCAAGAUUUGCAGGAGCUCAUCUCACAAAUUGGAACCCAAUGGCCGUCCGUCAAACGAAGGUUAAUGAUUUAUGCCACAUUUUGACAAAACUGACUUCUGAAGAAGACGGCUUACGCUAUAUGCCUACUUUUGCAAUCAAUUGCUCACUGGAUAUUGUUCCUCAAAGUUUAGAUGGAUUAUGGGCAAAGGAAAUAAAAGAUCAUAUUCUAAAAGUAGUAAACAAUAAGACUGUAGUAAUGAAAGUCUUCAGGGAAGAAAGCAAGAAGUUAAUUGUUGACCUGAAGAAGCCUUCUACAAAUAAAAUCAGUAGUGACAUGCCUGUCUCCCUUCGGGAUGCCCUGGUCUUCUUGGAAAUGGCAAAGUUUCCCUCAAACAUUUCAAGUGCAAUUGUAAAUGUUCCUGCUGCUCAAUAUAGCAAUCCAAUAUUACCAAAGAACAUGACAGAAGUCAUUGUCAUUAUCUGCCAUAUGAGUGAUCCUUCUGACUUUUACAUUCACGUGCUUGGUUUAUCAGAAUAUGUAAAGCUUGUGGACAAGAUACAAGUAGUGUAUAACAGCAAAGAAUCUGAUGAUUUAAAAUUGUUGUGUCCAGCAAUGGGUCAAGCCUGCAUUGCCAAGUAUGAUUCAGAAGAUGAGCUCUGGUACCGAGCCGAGGUUAUUGGAUUACCUAGUUCUGAAGAAGCCAUCAUAAAGUAUGUUGACUUUGGCAAUGUUGCUACCAUUAAUAUCAAAAAGUUAAGACAAUUAAAGGAUGAAUUUCUGUCCCUUCCACGUCAGGCAAUUUGCUGCAGACUUGCAUAUAUUCAACCUAUUGAUGCUGGACUUCAGUGGAGCUUAGAGGCAUGUAAGCUGUUUGAAGAAUUGACGACCUUUAAACAUAUGAGACUUACUUCAAUAGGUGUGCUGCUUGACAACAAACUAUCUGUUGAAUUAUUUGAUGCUAAGGCUGGAACAUCUACCAGCAUUAACACCUUACUGGUUAAGGGAAAUGUUGCUGCUUUCAUCCCUUGCACACCAGUUUCUAAUGAUCAACAUCUGCCACUGAAGGAAGUUUGGGAUCCAGUAACAUUUUUGCCUGACACAGAGGAAAAUUGUAUGGAUUCUUUCUCUCUGUUUGAACAGAAACAGCUUGAUGUGUUUGUCAGUCAUGUCAUUUCUCCAAGCAGAAUAUAUGUACAGUGGUUAUCAACAGCAAACAUUCUUAAGAGUUUACAAUCAGCCAUGUCUGAAAAGUAUGUAAGCUCGGAACCGGAAAGUGUACAGUGGCAGAUUGACAUGCAUGUUGCUGUUCAGCUUCAGAUUGAUUAUGAGUGGCGUCGUGGAAAAAUUAAAAAUAUAAUAUCUGAAAAAUUAGUGGAGGUGUUUUGCUAUGAUUUUGGAAUAGAAGAAGUGACAGAUGUCAUGAAUUUAAGAACAUUAGAUGAAAGCCUUAAGAAACUUGGUACUAUGUGUCUGGAGUGUACUCUGAUGGAUAUACAGCCUGCUGGUGGCAGUCAAAACUGGACAGCAACAGCGUGUGACUUUCUUCGCUACUAUCUCAAUGGAGCCACAGCCACAUUGACAAUUGAAGAAAAUACAUCACAGUGGCCUUUGCCUGUUAAAAUUGUAAUCAAGAACGAAGCAGGCCAAUUGGUUGAUGUGUCUGAUCACCUAAUAAGAAAGGGGUUGGCAUUGAGAGAUAGACGAAUGUUGCGUUACAACUCUUCCGUUCAACCAGCGGAUGACCCACCUCUACCUUCAGACAGGGAAAGCUGCAAACCCGAAGGCAGAGACAAGUUAAAACAUUUUGGACUAGAUGAUUUUUAUGGGCUCAAAAAACUUGAUUCCCUGAUGGAGGUUAAUGAAACAAAGUUGCCUGUCAAAGAAGAAGCUUUAGUACAAAAAGUUACUUCAAAACCCGAGUACGAUUCAGAUACAGUAACCAAUAAGGAAGAAAUUAUUCCAGUAUCUGAUGAGCCUAUGGUGGAACCAAUUAUUGAUGAGCCUUACCGUCCUCCGCUUUUACCAGAGGAGAAAACCUUUUCGGCUAAAGUUACUUAUGUAGCUGAAGAUGGAACAAUAUAUGUGAUCCAGGAAUCUUUGGAAAACGAGCUUGGCAUGCUUAUGCUUGAAAUCCAAAAUUCCUUCAAAUGUCUUGGGUUAUUGCAACCAUACUGCUGGAAAAAAGGUGAAGGUUGUCUCAUUAAGGGAUCAGAUACCAUGUCAUACAGAGGAAAGGUCCUCGAAAUUCUUGGAGGUGAUAUGAUGAAGGUGCAGUAUGAAGAUUUCGGAUACAUUGAAAAAAUCCCUACAUGCCACAUUUUCCCUACUGUGUUUAAUCCGAAUAUUCCCCGUUUUUGCAUUCAGUGCCAGCUAAAUGACGUGCUUCCUGUUGGUAAAUGUUGGCAACAAGAUACUAUUGCAUUUCUGAAAGAACUUCUUGUGGAUAGAAUCGUCAGCGUUCAAAUUGUGGAGCCUCCAGAUGGUCCUCGAGGUAUUGCCUCUAUUUAUCUGUACUGUGGAAGUGCUUCAGUUUCUGCUAUUUUGGAGAAACAUUCACAUUGUAUCCCUAAGGAUUGUGAGAAAAAGACAAAAGUAGACAAAGACCUUGAUUUGAAUGACGAUUUUGAUACCUGCAAAGAAACCCAGUUUGUCACCAAAAUUUCUCAUGAGAAAAUCUGGCGUUUCGAUUUCAAGGAAUUGCUUCAAACUGAGUUGGAAACCUCUGUAUUACCUAAUUAUACUUUACUGUCCUUACCUGGUGCAGGACAGCUUUUUCCAGUAAGAGUAACACACUUACAAACGCCAAACAUUGUUUUUAUUACAAUGGUGAAUGGAGGUGUAAAAUCAGUAGUAGAUCGCUCUGGUGAAGGUGACCAUGACAGCAACCUUUAUUCUCUUGAAUCCAGCCUGGAAAGAAUUAACUAUGAAGCUGAUGCACUGCAGUGUGUGACUGAUUUUAGGACAGCAAUGCCAUGUCUUGCAUAUUACACUGAUGGUUUGAUACAUAGAGCAAAACUGCAGUCCAUCAAAAGUUACGAUCCUGUAACCUGUGUUGUGGAAUUUAUUGAUUACGGAUCUACAACAACAGUUGACACCAGCAGUUUAUUUCAGAUUCCUGCUUAUCUAUUGGAUUACCCAGCAAAGGCGGUGCGAGUAAAACUGGCUGGAUUUAAGCCUCCUAAAGUAGAUUUUGAACUGGAAAGAAUUCCUUACUGCGAGGAAUGGAGCUUCAGAGCCCUGACUGAGAUGAUCGACUUAGUUCAAAAAAAAUCACUAUUUGCUGCAUGUGUUUCUGGAGCUUCUGAAAACAUUGUGUUUUUGUAUGAUGAAAAGAAGCAGCUGGUGCACCAGCCAUUGAUAGUCAUGGGACUGGCAGAGGUAGAUUAAAGUUGUACCGGCUAACUGCGGUUUAUACUCAGAAGAGCAGAGCUUUCAUUAUUUUUGUGUGAAUGUUUUAGGUUCAGGUUUCGGCUAGCUGAAGUUUAUACUCGCAAGAGAAGAGUUUCCAUAUUUGUUUUGUUUGUUUUUUCACAUAUCUGUGACCGGCCUGGAAUAACAUGGAACAUGUUGACUAAAAGUUCGGGGGUUUUUUUAUAUAUGCACAUUUCAAAAAUUUUUGAGGAUAUAUGUUACUGUACAGUAUGUAAUGAAUAAAAUUACAUAUGUUUGCCAAUUAAAGACAAAAAGUUCCAUAAAAAUUAAA